UUUCCUCGGGAAGGUGAAAGUUAAAUUUCUCCGUCAAACUUCAUUUGGGAACGAUGUAAAGUUUUUCUCCUUAUACAAAUUAAUGUUCUCUAUCGAACUACGCUAGAAUCAACUCUUCAUAUCAAAACAUGAAGUUUUUAUUGAAAUUUUAAAAAUAGGGCAAAAAACCCGAAAAAAAAUUAAAAUUUUUUUUUAUCAAAAACUAUAAGUCCGGGAACUGAAAGCUUUGUUGAGACGUAUACUUCGAAAUGUCCUCCACAAACUGCUGGAAAAAAACGGGUGGGGGGGACCCCCCCUUAAUAUCGAAUGGAACCGACUCAGGAUUCAAACAUGUUGCUCCGAGUCGAAUCAAACCGAGUCAGGAUUUCCUGAUUCGUUUCGAGCUCUGAUAUGCAGCAAUACAAAAUAUUGGGUUUCAAUAUUAUUGUAUGCGCUGUAUAUUGAGAUCCAUAAUAUGGUCACCCGAUAUAUUGAGUUUUCAUAAUAUUACUAGGUACUACUUUUACAGUGUACAUGCAUGCGCUAUAUUCCGUUUUGGAUAGAAAUAUAAGUCAAUUAGGCAUACACCAAUUAAUGCUCGAUGUUAGGGCAUUCAGCAAAGUCGUUCCGCAUCAGUUAUAAACACUUGGAGCUGUCGAGUGUCUCACUUUGUAAGAAAAUGUUUGCCCUACCAAACUGAAGUGGUAGAAAAAUUUUAAUGUUAUAUAUAGAGAGAAAGUAUGAUAAAUCGAAAACGCACUAAAAUCGCAGGAAAACAGUCGAUUAGUCGAUUAGUUUUGAAUGCUUGUAUUUCUGUCACAGAUAAUACUAAAUUCUUAUUUCGACUUCACUGAAUGCCCUAACAUCGAUUAUUAAUUGGUGUAUACCUGAUUUAGAUCAGGAUAAUAUUUGUAUCCUACUGGAGAUAUAUAGGUCGAUCCGGACAUGCUUCCUUACGUUUUUAUGAAUUUAAAUGAUACUAACAUUAAAAAGUUGAAAUCCAGUAUAUUAUGAAACCCAAUAUUAUUAGUCCCAGUAUAUUGGGUAAGCACUAUUAUUGAUAUCCAGAAUUUUGAGUAUAAAAUAAUACUGUGACCCAGUAUUGGAUACCCAGUAAUAUUGUACAAUAUGUUAAAUAAUGAUUGGUAUUGGUGCAUGCCUAGACGUGUUGUCUUCAACUCACCUAGAACAAAAAAGGAUAAAAAGAAUGAAAUGUGAUAUACUUUAGUCAGUGAACUCCACUCAUAUUUCAGCAGAGAUAAAUUGUGAUGAGAAAUUGAAAAACAUUUAGUUCCUGAAUGUACUUCCUCGCUAACAAAGGAUAAAUAAAAAAAACAGAGUCAGUAGUCAAGCAAUAACAUUCUUACUAUUAAACGGCAACAAUAUAAAUAAGAACAUUAGUAUAAGUGCGGCUGAAAUACCCUGAACUUUAUUUAACAUAAUUAGGAGUUUGUUGAAAAAAUAGAAUAAUUAUUAAAAUACAAAUUUCCAACCUAUUUGUACGGUUAUUAUCAAGUGAAUAUCCCGUGCAUAAUAUUACAGUGAGGUACAAACAAGACUUAGUUUUGUUUUUACUAUUUAUACGACAUACUUUUUUAAUAAACUCCGAAUUAUGUUGAAUAAAGUUAAGGAUAUUUCGGCAGCAAUCGCACUAAUAGCCAAGCACAUUUAAAGUUUUUUUUCGCUUAAAGUUCCGAAGUUGGGAAAAAUAUUAACUAAUAGGUCUGAGAAAAUCUUCGAAAAUGCCUUCCAUUUACCAUGUUUAGCGAUAUGUCCGCAGUAACACAACUCGGUACAUUAUACUAAUAGCUCCUGUUCUUUACAGCAUGUUAUUAUAAUCUAAUGAUUUAGGACUUUAACUCGUUCAUCUGGACGAACUCAGUAUACACCUGGUUAUUAUAAAAAUUUGCAUAAUCAUAAUACUAAGUAUACAAAUCAAAUUAAUAUAACAUCAGUACCUGUUGGUCGUCGUAAUGAAAAUGGUUUAUCUAGUAUUAGUAAAAAAAUACAAUUGGCAUUAGCACGUUCAAGUGGAAAAAGGAAUGAGGCUCCUAUCGCGCUGUUUUAA